AUGGCUCUACGCUUCAAUCGCACUGACGACACGCUCUUUGCCGAUAUGGUCGAUAGACUUGCUCUUACCGCUACGAAUCCCCUCAGUGACGUACAACCUUCCUUACUUAACCUCACCUCCAAUUGCUGGGCGCUGUAUGAUCUUUUACAGCUAUCACAGAAUCCAGAUCAUGUGGAUGAAUCAACUCGCUUUCAGACCCUGUCCAAUGAUUUUGGUACAGCUUUACCCUUGAAACUCGCCACAACUUCCUUAUCCUCCACCUAUGAAUAUUUAAUCACCAUACAAAAGCUUCCUAGCUUCCCAUCGGUACUGAUCACCAAUUUGGACUAUUGCAACUCGACCGACCAACUGCGUGCUCCAGUACGUGAGCUCGAUUUCACUCGAAACUGCCGCGAGACUGCAUUGUUCUGGUGGCAUUUUGUCUUCGGCACUGACUCACUCGGCGAGGACGCUGUGGCAACUCUUUUCAGAAACUCUCUGCCCCCUCCCUUUGCGACCAUGAGCAACUUUACUAUCCAAAAGCUUGGUUUGGAUGCAAUCAUUUUCAGAGGCGACAAUGACACAGAGCGUUUUCGGCCGCCUUUUCAAGCGAUGUUCGAACGAGCCGCAAAAGCUUGUGCAAACGAUGCGUGCAUUAGCCUAGAUUAUAAGGGCAACGCCGAUAUUGCUGGAAUUGGUGCUAUAGUUGCAUACGGUUCCAUCGCCGCUGUCUCCACAUAUUUAGCCCUGACGACAGUUUACUAUCAUUCUACAAGGAAACGAUCCUUCGGAAAUGCAAUACUAGAACAAAUCACUGUGGAGAUAUCACUUAUAUUCUCGGAUGGGAUAGCUUGGUUUGGCCUCAUGGCCACCCUCGCUGGCAUGAUCUACAUGAGCGGCAAGGCGCAGAGCUACUACGAGUACACAUUGGCGGCUCUUGUGAGUUUUCUCUUCGCAAACGCAGGGCUUCUAUCACUGUCAAUAUAUAUCUACCAUCCAGAGAAGCUAGGCAAUACUGUCUCAGUCAACAUUCGUACUAUACCACUAUUGGCCAUGAUUUGCUUGGGCUUAGGCUUCCUUGGCACUGCCCUAGAAGAAAACAAUAAGGAAGAAGGAAGAUCAGCAAUCGUCUCCAACAAAAUCUUCAAUACCACCGCUGGCGUUAACACGUUCAAAGACUUUAUCGACACACCCUGUUAUGCCGAUGGAUUUUGGCCCUUGGAAUAUCUUCAUGGGCCGAGGUUGAUGCAGCUGGUCAUAUUCAUAAUAGCGUCCAUUUUGGCGUUCUUAGAAAUGGUGGACGCUUGUGCGCGGGGGCGUCUUUGGAGAGCUAGUUUCAAUUUCAUAAUGCCCUUUGGCCUCCGCACAAUCCCGAUGGUGGCCCUUGCAGGCUUGUGGUACGACUUUGCGACCAUAGUAAAAGUGAGAGCACGUGCAAGUGCAAGUUUUGGCCCAAGCUAUGAAGAAAAUACUGCUGGAUAUGGACAGAUCAUUGCAAGUGGGCUUGCACUCCAAGCUGUGUUCAAUUACCUAGUCAAGGUCAUCGCUUAUAAAUUGCAUAUCUAUUCAUCAUCAGGAGCCGCUCAGUCACCAGCAAGUGAAGAGAUAGCCGAGACUGAUGAGGAGCUCCAGACUUUAACAGACGCAGAGCCAGUAACUGAUUCUGCGGACUCGCACAACCGACCUGUGUAA